CCAUCGGACUUGAAAAAAGGUCAAUUCUUUCAUUUGAAUCGCAAUCAUAUCCAUAUCAUGGCUCAUUCACUAACCCAUGCGGUUGUACCCAUCUCAACCACCACGACUCCUCCGUCAAAAAACACAUCCUUCCGUCCAUCUCUUUGCCAUAUUCCUCGCAGGGAUGUUGCGUUGUGCUUGAUUGGUGCAGUGUUUGGGUUGAGCAUCGUGGGUGAUAGGAGUGCAGAUGCAGCAGCAAGGCGGCCCCCACCACCUACUCCAACAGAGAAGAAGGACCCGAAUGUAAGUGGUGUAUUGGCUAAGGUAAUAGCUAGCAAGAAGAGGAAGGAAGCAAUGAAAGAGAGCAUCGCCCAGCUAAGGCAGAAAGGGAAGGCCAUCAAUGAGCCAUCAACACCAACAGAAUGAGUGAAACUCAUUAAUAUAUGGUUCUUUUAGAAAACCAACCAUAGACUUUAACUCAAUGGUUAAGCCUCGUUGUAUUGAGCGUUACUCAAGAUUAUAAUAAAAUUCAUAUUGAUUGUUUUUAUCAAA